CACUUGCGCUCUUGCGACGUCGUGGCGCAAGAGAAGGCCGAGCGCCGAGCGACGCCCUCGAGCCUGCCCCCGCAUCGUGCGGCGCAGGCGGCGUGCCGUGUGCUCCGCGCGCACGGCGUGAGAGUCGAGUUCCUCCGUCCGGCGCCGCUCCCCACGCCGAGCCGGAGCAGCGCACGGCUUCAGGCACGGGCCCAACAAGUGCGAGUGGGGCAGCAGGCAAUCUCGCAGGCGACGGCUCGCUCCUCUUCUCCACCACCACCUCAAGCCAGCACCAGCGUCCAGGCCUCUCUCCACGCAGGAUCGUCAUCUGUCAGGCACCUCUCCGCGUCGUCGUACUCCGCCAAGCGCUCUUUCACCCAGCGCCUCCACACCGCCCGCUUUCCCUCGCGCUGGCGCCAUGCUCCGUCCUUUGCGCGCACUGAUCAUCGGCUCGCCGGGCUCGGGCAAGGGCACGCUGUCGGCACGCCUCGUGCAGCAUGCGCCUGCCAUGCGCACCCUCAGCGCCGGCGACGUGCUGCGCGCGCACAUCCGCAACGGCACGGAGAUCGGGCGAGAGGCUGAGGGUGUGGUGAAGCGCGGCGGCCUCAUGCCCGACCGGGUCAUGAUGGGUGUGCUCUCGGCCGAGCUCGAGGGGAUGGGUGCCGAGACGCCGUGGCUUCUGGACGGCUUCCCGCGGACGAUCGGGCAGGCGCGCCUGCUGGAUGAGAAGCUGGCAACGCUGCGGCAACCGCUGCAACUGGUCAUCAAUCUCGAUGUGCCGGAGGAGGUGGUGCUCUCGCGCAUUCUCGACCGGUGGCUGCACCCGGCAUCUGGACGGGUCUACAACAUGAGCUUCAACCCGCCGAAGCGCGCUGGCUUCGACGACGAGACGGGCGAGCCGCUCGAGCAAAGGCCAGACGACAACGCAGAAGCGUUUGCUCAGCGGCUCAAGGCCUUCCACCGCGAAAUGGCGCCGCUGCUCGAGUACUACCGCGACCAGCGCGACGCGCCCAAGGGCGAGCGGCCCGCAUACGUGAGCCUGCGCGGCGAGGAGAGCGACGUCAUCUGGCCGAAGAUGUGGGAUGUGGUGCGGCAAUACCGCCUGCAAUAGACAUUGCUGGGCCCCGCCGCGUGCAUCACGAGAGCAGUCAAGCGCGUCUGUACAGGGUGUCUGUAUUGCAGC